AUGUCGUGGCAAGCGUACGUGGACGAACACUUGAUGUGUGACAUAGACGGCCAAGGCCAGCAUCUCUCCGCCGCUGCUAUCAUCGGCGAGGACGGCAGUGUCUGGGCUCAGAGCUCUUCCUUCCCUCAGUUUAAGCCUGAGGAGAUCAAUGGUAUCAUCACUGAUUUCAAUGAACCUGGUCACCUUGCCCCUACGGGCUUAUAUCUAGGCAGCUUAAAAUACAUGGUAAUCCAAGGAGAGCCUGGAGCUGUUAUUCGUGGAAAGAAGGGAGCAGGAGGUGUGACCAUCAAGAAGACUGGUCAAGCUCUAGUGUUCGGCAUAUAUGAGGAGCCUGUGACUCCUGGACAGUGCAACAUGGUUGUUGAGAGGUUGGGUGAUUACCUUAUUGAUCAGGGCCUGUAGGCCGAGGCCCCGCCAUGAUUCCAGAACAACUUCUUGGGAUACAGUUAAUUUUCUUUUCUCUGACUUGGAAGUGUUUUGUGGUGUCAUAUUGAUUUGCAUUGCAUUAUUUAUCCCUGGUUAUGUGUGGUACAUAACCAAUGAGCAGUUUUUCUACUCUUUCUUUAUGUUGGCUUUGAACUUUGAAGUAUCAAUUUUGAAUAUGUGAAGAAUUAGCUAAACGCUGUCUUGAGUGAAAGUUAGUUUCUUUCGAAUCUUUCCCACAUGUAUUAAUGAUGUAGAUUGAUUUUGUGGUGUGCCUUAACACUUCCUCGUAGGAGUAGACUAGAUCUGUUGUAUAUACUUUAAGUCAACAGAGC